AUGGUAUCCAAGUUUUCACUCAUUCUCUGUGUUGUGGCCAUCUGGGCAGUUGAUGUGGCUCACUGUGCUUCAGGUUCACCAAACAAUGCUCCAGCACCGUCCGUCGAUUGUACAAGCAUGGUCAUGAACAUGGCUGAUUGCUUGUCCUUCGUGAGCAACGACAGCACCGCAACCAAACCAGAAGGAACAUGCUGCUCUGGCUUAAAGACUCUGCUUGAGACUUCUACAGAUUGCCUCUGUGAAGCUUUCAAGAGUAGCUCUACCUUUGGUGUGAUCUUGAAUGUCACUAAGGCUUUGACUCUUCCUGCUGCUUGCAAACUCUCUGAUCCUUCUCUCGCUAAAUGUGGACUGUCUGAAACACCCGCCGGUGCUCCUGGUAUGUUUACUCAGCCCACUGAAAGCGGCUCUCCAAACAAACCUUUAACUGAGCUAUCUCCAGCACCAAAAGCAUCUCCCCGGAACGCAGCAUCAGCAUUGUCCCCCAUUUCAGCAGUAUCCAUGUUUGUUAGCCUUUUGGUAGCUGUAUUCUCGGGCUUUUGA